GUGUUUGCUACCAAACUGACUUACCCUCAGCCAGUCACUCCCUGGAAUGUCAAAGAGCUGAGGCAGGCUGUCAUAAAUGGCCCAAAGGUUCACCCUGGGGCCUCCAUGGUUAUUAAUGAAGAUGGAUCUCGUACAGUGUUGAGUGCAAGCAGCCUAACCCAGAGAGAAGCCAUAGCUAAGCAGCUCCUCACUCCUUCUUCAGGCGCACCUCAGUCGGGACUGAAGAUUGUAUGUCGACAUAUUAAGAAUGGAGAUGUCCUUUUACUGAACCGCCAGCCCACUCUUCAUAGACCCUCCAUCCAAGCUCACCGGGCCCGAAUCCUGCCUGGAGAAAAAGUGCUGAGGCUUCACUAUGCCAACUGCAAGGCUUACAAUGCUGAUUUUGAUGGUGAUGAAAUGAAUGCCCAUUUUCCACAGAGUGAGCUGGGUAGGGCAGAAGCCUACACCUUAGCCUUUACUGAUGAACAGUAUCUAGUUCCAAAGGAUGGGAAGCCACUUCCUGGAUUGAUCCAGGAUCACAUGAUUUCUGGAGUCAGCAUGACAAUCCGGGGCUGCUUUUUCACCAGAGAGCAAUAUAUGGAGCUUGUUUACCGAGGACUAACAGACAAAAAAGGAAGAAUUAAAAUCUUUCCUCCUGCCAUUAUGAAACCACAGCCAUUAUGGACAGGAAAGCAGGUUGUUUCUACCUUGUUAAUAAACAUCAUUCCAGAAAAGUAUGUCCCACUGAAUUUGACUGGGAAAGCUAAGAUUGGUGGAAGAGCCUGGGUAAAGGCACCUGCAAACAGAUGUCUAAAUCUUGAUUCCAUGUGUGAAUCUCAGGUUAUUAUUAGAAAUGGGGAAUUACUGUGUGGUGUCUUGGACAAAGCUCACUUUGGCAGCUCUGCCUACGGCCUGGUCCACUGUUGCUAUGAAAUCUAUGGGGGUGAAACUAGUGGGAAAGUGCUAACGUGUCUAGGACGCCUCUUUACUGCUUAUCUUCAGCUCUACAGAGGAUUUACGAUGGGGAUUGAAGAUAUUUUGGUUAAACCUGAAGCAGACCACAAAAGACAAAAAAUCAUUGAAAAGUCACGCCAGUGUGGUAUUGAAGCUGUUAGAGCUGCUCUUAAUUUGCCAGAAACAGCGUCACGCGAGGAGGUCCAAGGGAAAUGGCAGGAUGCCCACCUCUGCAAAGACCAGAGGGAUUUUAACAUGGUUGAUCUGAAAUUCAAGGAGGAAGUAAACAAUUACAACAAUGAAGUUAACAAGGUUUGUAUGCCCCUUGGUCUCCACAGGAGUUUUCCAGAGAACAAUUUGCAGUUGAUGGUACAGUCAGGAGCCAAAGGAUCCACUGUAAAUACAAUGCAGAUUUCUUGUUUACUGGGCCAGAUUGAGUUGGAAGGUCGAAGACCUCCACUGAUGGCAUCUGGCAAAUCACUGCCAUGUUUCCAGCCUUAUGAUUUUUCCCCUAGUUCAGGAGGAUUUGUGACUGGCAGAUUUCUCACUGGGAUCAAACCUUCUGAAUUCUUCUUUCACUGCAUGGCUGGCAGGGAAGGUCUUGUGGAUACAGCUGUCAAAACCAGCCGUUCUGGAUACCUACAAAGGUGUAUCAUAAAACAUUUGGAAGGACUGGUAGUUCAGUAUGACCUGACUGUACGAGAUAGUGAUGGCAGUGUGGUGCAGUUUCUGUAUGGAGAAGAUGGACUUGAUAUUCCUAAAACUCAGUUCUUACAACCCGAGCAGUUUCCUUUCAUUGCAGAAAACUAUGAGGUAAUCCAGAAGACAAACCAUCUGGAUGAAGCUUUAGCAAGGAUGGAGUCUCACCAAGCUAACCAGCAGUUCAGAGCCAUCAAAAAGUGGCGAGCCAGGCACCAAAACUCUGUGCAAAGAGAAGGAGGUUUUCUGAUGUUUUCUAAAAAGAAAAUGGCAAGUGUAAAAGCACAGAUUCCAGGAGGAGAAAUCAAAAAUGGAAGAGAUCCUGCUACUUUGCAGUUAUUGAAGAUGUGGUAUGAGCUAGAUGAGAAGAAACGAAGAAAGUAUCUGAAGAAGACAAAUAAGUGUCCUGACCCAAGCCUUGGUGUUUGGCGUCCGGAUACUUAUUUUGCAUCUGUUUCCGAAACGUUUGAAAAUGGACUCGAAGAUUAUAUCAACAAAUGGGAAUCUGAGAACAUACGAAGUUAUAGGCGUCCAACACUUUCUUCUGAUAGAUUAAAGGAUUUGUUGUAUUUAAAGUGGCAGCGAUCUCUUUGUGACCCAGGAGAAGCUGUGGGUCUUCUUGCAGCUCAGAGUAUUGGGGAACCUUCCACACAAAUGACUCUGAACACCUUCCACUUUGCUGGCAGAGGUGAAAUGAAUGUCACAUUGGGUAUUCCAAGGUUGCGGGAAAUAUUGAUGGUGGCCAGUGCAAAUAUUAAAACGCCAACGAUGAGUGUUCCUGUGUUCAAUACCAAGAAAGCUCUCAAGAAGGUGAAACAGCUUAAGAAACAGCUCACCAGAGUGUGCUUAGCUGAGGUCUUGCAGAAGGUUGAGAUAGAAGAUUCCCUGCGUGUGAAGUGCAAGCAGAACAAACAUCGCCUCUACAAAAUCAAAUUCCAUUUCUUGCCCCAUGAAUACUACCGAGAGGAGAAGUGUGUGAAGCCCAGGGAGAUCUUGCACUUCAUGGAAACACGAUUCUUUAAAAUUUUUCUGGAGGCAAUUAAAAGGAAGAGUGCAAAGAUGGCAUCUUUUACUGAAGUCAGCACCCGGAAGGCAACUCGGAAAGAUUUAGAUGGUGACCAAGACAAGACCCAGAAUAACCAGGAAACUCCAGCAGAGGAAGAAGAGAACAUUGUUGAUGCAGAAGCUGAUGAAGGGGAUGGUGAUGCUACAGAAGCAAAACGGAGGAAGAACCAGGAAGAAGAGGUUGAUUAUGAGAGUGAAGAAGAAAACGGGGAAGAAAAUGGUGAUGAGAAUCUAGAAGAUGAAGAGGCUGAAUCGGAAAAAGAAGAAAGGACUCCCAAUGCUGAAGAAGAUCAGAAUGGAGCAGAUGGUGAUGAUUCUCAACAUCUUUCCUUUAUGUCUCAAACUAAAAAAGAGAAAGAUCGAUUACUUCAGCCAGCAGAGUUGCGAGUAAAUGCUGUUCUGGACAGCCACCCAUCAAUACAGGAUUAUACAUAUGACACCAAAAAUGAACUUUGGUGUGAGGUUUCACUGACGCUUCCAUUGAUGAAGGUGUACUUCGAUCUCUCCUCCUUGCUUGCCUCUCUCGCACGAAGCACGGUCAUUCAUGAAGUGAAGGGAAUCACACGAUGCUUGUUGAAUGAAAGUACCAACAAGAAAGGAGAGAAGGAACUCAUUCUGCAUACUGAAGGGAUAAACCUUGCAGAGCUGUUCAGAUACUCUGAUAUUUUGGACCUGAACAGACUUUAUUCCAAUGAUAUUCAUGCCAUGGCAAAGAAUUAUGGUAUUGAGUCUGCCCUCAGAGUGAUUAUAAAAGAAAUAAAAGAUGUAUUUGCCGUAUAUGGCAUUGUGGUAGACCCUCGGCACCUUUCACUUGUGGCAGAUUACAUGUGUUUCGAAGGAUUUUACAAACCGCUGAAUCGCUUUGGAAUUCAGUCCAACUCCUCCCCUCUGCAACAGAUGACAUUUGAAACCAGCUACAAAUUCUUGAAGGAAGCAACAAUGAUGGGUGCCUAUGAUGAACUGCGGUCCCCUUCUGCAUGCCUAGUGGUUGGAAAAGUUGUUAAAGGAGGGACUGGUUUGUUUGACCUCAAGCAACCCCUCGCAUAGUGUUUUGGUUAUGGCUGAAGGACUACAAUGUUCAUCAUAAGA